GAAGCAGCAGCAGCUAAAAUGUUCUGGUUUAAGAAGUUGUGGUGUUGUAGCACCCCGGCCGACGAGGAUGAGGAGCCACACAGACCCAAACCUAAGAAGAAGGAGAAGAAGAAGAAAUGGUGGCAGAGACUCAAAAAGAAAGAGCGGCAGGAGGACACGAACAUACAGGAACAUCAGAUGAUCGGAAACAAGGAGAAUGCAGGGAUGAGUACCCAGGUUCUGCAGGACCAAGGGCAGGAACCAGGGGUACAGGUGGUACAGAUGGAAGAGAAGAACCAGGUGGAGCCGAGCAUGGAGGAGAAUCAGAUGAUGGGAAACGAGGAGUAUGCAGGGAUGAGUACACAGGUUCUACCCGACCAAGGGCAAGAACCAGAGGUACAGAUGAUAGAGAUAGAAGAGAAGAACCAGGUGGAGCCGAGCAAGGAGGAGAAUCAGACGAUGGGAAAUGAGGUGAAUGUAGGGAUGAGUACACAGGUUCUACCUGACAAGGGCAGGAACCAGAGGUACAGAUGAAAGAGAAGAACCAGGUGGAGCCAAGCAUGGAGGAGAAUCAGAUGAUGGUAAACGAGGAGAACGCAGGGAUGAGUACACAGGUUCUGCAGGACCAAGGGCAGGAACCAGAAAUACAGGUGGUACAGAUGGAAGAGAAGAACCCGGUAGAGCCGAGCAUGGAGGAGAAGAAGCCAGAAGAGCAGAACCCGGUUAUAGAAGGGAUUGAAGGUACAUCUUGAAGUGGGGUUUGAGCUGUGUGGUGUUUAAUCCAUCAUGGUGCUGAAGAUUCAUUUCUCCAGAAGAUCCACUUCAGGCUGUCGUUCUGGAGAACAUAUUCAGGUCCUCUGAUGAAGUGGUGCAGCAGCAGAACGUUCAGGACGAGCACGUUCUGAUUGCUCCCACAUUUAUAAUCCAACCUGAAGAGUGUGAAAAACUGAUGGAGACCACGGUGGAGAAUCAAGGCGUGUCUGUGCCCGCUGGUGAUCCUGUGCCCCUGGUAUACAUGCUAAAGCUAAAGAGAACGAGCCGCUGGACCGUGUGCCCUGUAAUGGUGCUGCCAUCCUCACAAUAUGUCUCAUCGGCUCUGCUGUGUUCUGCACUGCUGUGGCGUCCUUCAGAACGUCCUCGCUCCACAGGGAUCGUCCAGAAACUUUUCCGUCAUCAAAAUAAAAAUAAAGUUCAUUAAAAAAUAAACUGCU